UUACAGUAUAGAAGCAUUAACUAUAAUGCAAGUUCCAUUCGGUAAGUAAAUUGUUUACUGAUGCCAAAAUAAACAAGCAACUACGCAAGCAAACAUAACAAUACAGAACAAAGAAUAUGCAAGAAUGACUGGAGAGGUUCUUUUAAGAUUAAAUAGAUACUACAUCAUCUGAAUCAAAGUGUACAACAUAAACUGAGAAUUCCAGUAUAAACACAAUUUAUUACCUUCUUAUAAUUUCAGGAAAUCUAGCUUGGCUCUAUUUGCUAAACCCGCCUCAUGUCCUGCCCUAUGAGGUAACUGACUACAUUCACAAUCAUUCAUCCAUAUUAAUUAUGUCUAUAAAGUGCAAAAGACUUUAUCAGGUCACUUGCAUUUGGCAGGUGCAAUAGAAGUGAGUCUUUGGGAUGCUUAUCUUUCUUUAUACACUUCUGACUUUCUAUCAUAUGAAUACAAAGGCAGAAAACACUGCAUGCCAAAUGAUGGGAGACCCUGAGUAUCCAUUGCUUUCCAAGGAUGGAGACAUAAUCAUUGGAGCACUUUUUGUUAUCCACACUGAAAUAUCAUUACCUUCAUUUGAGUUUACACGUAAGCCUCAGCAUAUAUCAUGUUCCAGUGUGAAUAUAAAAGAUUUUCGGCUGGCUCAAACCAUGAUCUUUGCCAUUGAGGAGAUUAACAAAAGUAAAAGUUUGCUCCCAAAUGUUUCUGUUGGCUAUAAAAUUUAUGAUACCUGUGGUUCAAGACUGUCUUCUAUGAGUGCAACCAUGGCAUUGAUGAAUGGUCAUGAUAUUGCAGCAGGGGACAGAUGCAAUGGAAAAUCUCCUAUACAUGCUAUCAUAGGAGAAACAGAGUCUUCCAACACAGUGAUUUUGUCCAGAACUACAGAACCUUUUAGAAUUCCAGUGAUAAGUCCCUCAGCCACAUGUGACUGUCUUAGUAAUAGGAAAGAUUAUCCAUAUUUCUUCAGGACUAUUGCUAGUGAUUACCACCAGAGCAGAGCACUUGCAUACAUAAUCAAGCACUUUGGCUGGUCUUGGGUGGGAGCUGUUAACAGUGACAAUGACUAUGGAAAUAAUGGAAUGGCCAUAUUUCUGAAAACAGCCAUAGAAGAGGGGAUUUGUGUGGAGUACUCUGUGAAAUUCCUGAGGACAGAGCAUGAAAAAAUUAGAAAUGUUGUGGACAUCAUAAAACAAGGCACCACUAAAGUAAUUGUUGCAUUUCUUACUGGUUUUGAGAUGAAAAGUCUAAUUGAGCAGCUAAGUAUUCAGAACAUUACAGGUCUCCAAAUGAUUGGAGUAGAGGCUUGGAUAACUUCAAAAAGUUUGAUGACUACAAACAGUUUUCAUGUGCUGGGAGGGUCACUGGGCUUUGCAGUGAGAAAAAUUAAAAUUGAAGGAUUUGCAGAUUAUGUUAUGAAAGCAUUCUGGGACACAGCUUUUCCAUGCUCUUUUAAUACUGAAUUAAAUUGCAGUCGAUAUCAGGAUCUAUUUGUGCUGAAAAACUAUAAUGAAGAUGUUCCAGAACAAAGAUUUCCAAGCUAUGUCUACAAAGCAGUUUAUGCUGUGGCUCAUUCACUACACAGUCUACUCAAGUGCAAAGAACAAGAUGGUUGUGAGGAAUGCCUGACAAUGCAACCACAGCAGGUGGUUGAGGCUCUGACAAAGGUAAAUUUCACUGUAAAGAUGGGAGAUCGUGUGUGGUUUGACAGCACUGGUGGUGCAGUGGCCCAGUAUGAAAUUGUGAACUGGCAGCAGGACUCUGAUGGAUCAUUCCAGUUUAAAUCAGUGGGAUACUAUGAUGCCUCACUGCCCCCUGAUCAGCGCUUUGUGAUUAUCACUAAAAACAUAAUCUGGGCCAGAGGACAACUUGAGAAGCCAAGGUCUGUGUGCAGUGAGAGCUGUCCUCCAGGCACUAGAAAGGCUACACAUAAAGGAAGGCCUGUCUGCUGUUAUGACUGUGUUCCAUGUGCAGAAGGAGAAAUCAGCACUGAGACAGAUUCAAUUAACUGCAAGCAGUGUCCAGGGGAAUACUGGUCUAAUGCUGAGAAAAAUAAAUGUAUAUUAAAGGCUAUAGAGUUUCUGUCAUUCACAGAAGUUAUGGGUAUAGUGUUAGUUUUUUUCUCACUUUUUGGAGCAGGAUUAUCCGUACUGGUGGCCAUCCUGUUUUACAGCAAGAAGGACACCCCCAUAGUAAAAGCCAACAACUCAGAGCUGAGUUUCCUGUUGCUUUUCUCAUUGACUCUGUGUUUCCUCUGUUCACUUACGUUUAUUGGUCGGCCCACUGAGUGGUCCUGCAUGUUGCGUCACACAGCAUUUGGGAUCACUUUUGUCCUCUGUAUCUCCUGUGUUCUGGGGAAAACAAUAGUGGUGAUAAUGGCCUUCAAGGCUACACUUCCAGGAAGUAAUGUCAUGAAAUGGUUUGGGCCUGCACAACAACGACUCAGUGUUCUUGCCUUUACACUUAUACAAGUUCUUAUUUGUGUGCUUUGGUUAACAAUAUCGCCUCCAUUUCCCUACAAAAAUAUGAAAUAUUAUCAUGAAAAGAUCAUUCUUGAAUGUCAUCUGGGUUCUACUAUAGGUUUCUCUGCUGUUCUGGGUUAUAUUGGCCUACUGUCUGUCUUGUGCUUCAUUUUGGCUUUUCUGGCUCGCACACUGCCUGAUAAGUUCAAUGAAGCCAAAUUCAUCACAUUCAGUAUACUCAUAUUUUGUGCUGUAUGGAUCACAUUUAUUCCAGCUUAUGUCAGUUCUCCUGGAAAAUUUAUUGUAGCUGUGGAGAUAUUUGCCAUUUUAGCCUCAAGCUUUGGUUUGCUAUUUUGCAUAUUUGCACCUAAAUGUUACAUCAUCCUGCUCAAGCCUGAACAAAAUACAAAGCAACGUAUGAUGGGAAAAACAAUAAAAUAAAAAAGCUAUAUUCUUGCUAAAUGUAAUUUUUUAGUACUGUCAGUGACAGAUGAAAAAACACCUGUGAUGAUUGCCAUUUUUGCGCAGCUUCAUCAGAAGAGCAAGGAAGGCCAAAUCUAAUUUUAUUUUUGUGCAACUGCUAGUCUACAACAUUAUGCAAAUGGAAUGCAGACUACAUAUGAUGCUUUCACUAUGUUCAAUACAACCUCUGCUGUCAAAAUAAUGGGACAUUUUUAACCUUGCCUAUAGUUCAACAAACAACUUUGCAGGGAAAUUAUAUGGUGUUACUAUAUGUUAAAAAAAGUAAUAACAUUUAUAGUUAGAGCUACACCAAAAACAGCUACCAGGGAACACUCAAACUUGCAUUAUCCUGUCACAAAUAUAUGUAUGUAUUCACUAGUAUAUAUUUCUGAAGUUUAAUAAUAUGUGUAUUUGAAAGAAACUUCUUUUUUAUUUUGAGGACAUUAAUUUUUUUUUUUUUUUUUACUAUUCCCAUUAGCUUAUAAUCAUUUAUAGCAACUAAUGCUUCACAAGUGUUUUAGAACGUCAUGACAAUUAAGCACUCAAAUAAAGACUUUAGUGGCCUGCUAUUCUUUUGUCUGUAUUUAUUCACUUACUUUUUGUCCUUUGUUUGAAAUCAUUGGGUAGGGGUCAAAAACUGGAGUGACAAAAAUAAGAAACAAAGUAUGAGGACUGGUGACGUGUUGCAACCUGCAAAACAGGCUGACGCAAAGACUCCGGUGACUUGUACUUGCCCGGAAGCUAGGCUGAGAGGAGUCUCGACAAAAAACAAAAACUAAAAAAACAA